AUAAUGUUUAAUGAUUAUGAAAAAAAGAGAUCAGCUCUAACAGUAUCCACAGCUUCAAUAGAUGCUAAUUCUGAUGAAUUAAAAAGAAUUGAAAAUAAAAUUGAUAUCUAACCUAUGAAAGGAUGGAUGAAGAAGAAAAGCCCUGCUAUCUUAAAAAGUUGGUAAAAGCGUUAUUUCAUGCUUGUUGAAAACUCAUAGGAAGGAUUGUGGAAAUUAGUUUAUUUUGAUAAUGAUGUAAUAAAUAUAAUCUUAAUUUAGAAAACUGAUACUAAACCUAAUGGUGCAUUUGAUUUAUCAAACAUUACAUCCAUAAAUUAAAUCUCCAAAAAAGAAUUCACAAUUUUAUUUCCAGGUCGAAAUUUAGAAUUAAAAGUAAAAACUCCAGAAUUGUGUCAAUAAUGGAUUACCACUCUAAAUAGUCUUCGUACAAGUACAUCACCUUAAAGAACAAAAAGAUAAGUCAGUAUGGAUUCAGUCGUUAAGAUGGCAGAUGAAAGUCCAACUAAGAGUUAACAUUUUUCUUAUUUUGUAGUCUCAAACCAUAAGAUUGUUGAUACCUAUACAGCUCAAUAGGCUUAAGUGUAUAAAGAGAGGCAUCGUAAUUCUUUACUCAUAGACUUAUCCAAAGAAGAUAAGAAAAUCAAAGAAAAAUAGAAUGAAGUGUAAUUGUCAAAUGAUAAGAUGAUAGAGUUAGUUGGGCUAAAAGAAUUUAUUAAAAAUAUGAAUGAGUAAUUUAUUUAUCAACGUAUGAUAUAUGGUUAUUUGGGUAAGAGAAGUAAAGGAAAGGUUAAGUACUUUUAAAAACGUUGGUUUAUUCUUGUAUCAGCUAAACCUUUAGUAAUAUUUAAAAUAUAAAAUUAUAGUAUUCUGAUUAUAAUGAUGAAAAGAUUUUACAUGAAUCUUAAUUACCUCCAUGGCUAGAAUUAGAUACUAUAACAUAUUUCAAAUAAAAUACUGAUGGCAAACCUCCAAAAGCUAAAGGAGAUGUUAAGAUGUUAGAUUGUUAAGAAAUUAUUAUAAAAAAUAUGUCAAAAUCAAAAGAAAGUGGUUAUACUUUUAAAUUAAAUAUGGGAGAUAGAUUAUAUCAUUUAAUGGCUGAAUCUGAACUAGAACGCACUAAAUGGUAAUCAGCAUUGAGUUAAUCAAUUAGAAUAACAAAAGAAAUUAAUAAUCCAUUAAAAAUAAAAAUAAAAAAAAAUAUUGAUCCUUUAAUAGAAUUAUAUGAUGAAGAAACAUAAUUAAUUACAAGAAGAGAGAAAAUUAAAUAGAAAUUAGAAUAAGAUAUAGGAGAAAUAUUGAAAUAAGAAGAUGUUGAUCUAAAUACCUUGAUUACUUAAUUGACAGAUUUGAGAUAGGAUAUGUUGGAAUCAAUGUAGGCAAGUAUUGUUAAAGAUCCUUAAAGAAAAGAUAUAGUAAAAGAAUAUACAGAUAUUUAUCAUGAGAAAAUAUGUGAUAGAAUUACUAAUUUCUGGGAUAAACAUUAUAUGAAAUUAUAAGUAAUUAGUUUAUUAAUAUAUAAUGUCUAGUCUCCAGAAUUGUUACUAAUAGGAUAAUGGUUGUAUGACUAUUUGUAAUAAAUGAAAGAUUUCUUUAAUGAUGAUCGUAUACUCUUAGGAAUUAGAGUACUUCUUAAUAUAUAUGUCACUCGAUCUCUUGAAAGUUUGGAAUCGGUCAUUUAUUAAAUCAUUGAAUAGGAACGAAUUCAAGAACCAUUCUUAAAUGAAUAAGAACAAUUUGUUACAUAAACUCCUGUUGAUUUAUUCAAAAUUAUUAAUGAGGGUUUUGAUAUGGCAUAUAAAUUGUGUUCUUGCAAAGAAACUGUGAUAAGAUUUGGAGGUUUUGGCAAAGUUAUCCUGUAAUAGUAUUAAGGAGGUAUACAAGAAAUUAUUGAUGAACAUUAACUUACUAUAUCAAAGCUUAUUGCAAUAUGUAAUAAUACUUUAGCUUUACAUGAUAAUACUAAAUAAUAUUCAAAAAGACUUUAAACUUUUGGUAAUUUAAGUGAUGAAGAAAUUGAAAAAGUAUUUGAUGGAUAAAAAAUCACUAAGAAUUUUGUUUAGAUUGCUAAUAAUUGUAGAGAAAGAAUUUUUAUAACUUAUUUUAGUCGUGUUGGAACUCAUUUUAAAAAGCCUUAUCUAGAAAUCAAAAUUAUUGAUACUCUAAAAUCCAUAAUAGAACCUGCAACAGAAGCAUUAUCAUAAUUACAUGAUAGUUUCAGUAGAAAACUUUGGAAAUAACUUACUGAUUCAAUUAUUCUCUAUUAUUUUAAUUAGUUUAUUAUUUCCUGUAGUAAAGCUAAAAAGGAAUAAUAAAAUGAAUUCAUAAGAAAAUUACAAAAUGAUAAAGAUAUUUUAUUUUAAGAAUUAGAAACAUUUAUAUUUGAAAAACAAUUAUAAGCAGCACUUAAACCUUUUGAUGAUAUGAUAUCAUUUUUAAAUGAAGAAUCUUUAAGUAUUUUGGAUUCAUGUAAAAAUCUUAGAUAAUAUUUUGGAAGUGCAUUUUCUGAAAAAACAAUUAAAUCUAUUAUGACACUGAGAUUCGAUUUAGACAAGGAUCAAAAAAAAGAUACUAUUGAAAUUUGUAAAAAUUUAAUUGAUGAUAUCAAUAAAACAUAACCAAUUGAAGAUGAUAGUGUUAGAAUUAUUGAUUUUCUAGGUUAAGAAGAUGAUGAAUAAAGUUCUACUUAAGAAUAAAAAUCACAAUAAAUAUAAAGAAGAGCAGAUAUUCGAUUAGAUAUUAAUGAUAAUGAAAUUUAAUAAGUAAAUAUUUAAUUAACAAAAAGAUUUCUAUACAAUAACAAUAAAGAAAAUCAAAUGAAAAAGAAGAAUUUAUAGAUGAAGGUUAUUUAUAUAAAAAGAAACCAAAAUCAAAGGCUUGGGACUAUAGAUUUGUAAGAAUUAGAAAAGGAUUUAUAUAUUGGUAUAUCAAUUCUAAUUCAAGAGAAGCUUAGAAUAAAAUCAAUCUCUAAAAUGUAGAUGAAGUUAUUCCAAAUCCAAAAAAACCUACCAAUUUUAAGAUUUAAUUAGAAGAUUUAAAAAUCUAUAAAUUUAAAACUUAAACAAAGGAAGAAUGCGAAUUGUGGAUUAAAACUAUAAUAAAAGAACAAAAUCAAACAGAUGUUGCAAUUAUAACUUUAGAAGCUAUUGUAAAUAAAUAUUAUAUUUAGUAAAUUGGUAAUGGCAAAAUGCCUAUUAUUAAAGAUUAUGAUGAAAUUGCAAGAAAGGAAAGAUAAAGAUAGAAAUAAGAAGAAAGAAAAAGAAAAAGAAUAGAAAAAGAAAAUGAGUAAUUAUAUUAUUUUAUCUAGAUUAAAAAAAAGAUAAAUGGAAUUGAAAUUGCUUCAAUAACAGUAAUUAAAAGAAUUAGGAGAUAAACCAUUACCUCAUUAAGUUGAAAUAUUUGAAUAGCAUGGAACAUCUGUAUAAAAUUAUAAUCAUCCUAAAAAAACUACUUCCUGUUGGACUUCAUUUUUGAUAGCUUUAGGAGUUGAAAGACCUAAAUGA